AUCUUCAUCUCUCUCAGGAGAUCAUCGAAUGGACUUCUUGGCGUUUUUUCCAGAAAUUGUUAAGGAAUUAAAAGAUAAAGCCAAGCAGUAUGACUCACUGGGGCAAGGUGAACGCAUCGAACAGGCUCUCUUGUACAAUGUGCCUGGUGGAAAACAUUUUCGUGGUCUCAAUGUUAUUAAAACCUUUGAGGAGAUUGCCCCGAAAGAGUAUUUAACAGACACAAAUCGCAAGUUAACCAUUUGUCUUGGAUGGUGUAUUGAAUUGUUGCAAUCAAUACUUCUUAUUGUUGAUGAUGUCCUUGACGGGGGAACAGUUCGAAGGAAUAAACCAUGUUGGUACAAGAAAGAUGAAAUCAGGAUGGAAGCCAUUAAUGAUGGAAUUAUGAUUUAUGCUGGGAUUUUUCAAAUUUUAAAAAAUCACUUCAGUCACUUGGACUGCUACGUGAAGCUCAUCCAAUUAUUUCAUGAUAAUACUUUUAUCGUGGCUGUGGGUGAGCAUAUGGACACACGAGCAGGAUGUGAGGAUGUUUUAAAUUUUACAAUGGAGCAAUAUAUAAAUACUGCAAUCAACAAAACAUCCUACUACACAAUCCACAUGCCUGUAGCUGCAGCCAUGUACUUAGCUGGGUACCCUGAUGAGGAAUUUGCGAAUGCAAAAGAAAUUCUCUUGGAUAUUGGGAAUUUUUUUCAAGCUCAAGAUGACUUCUUGGAUUGCUAUGGAGAUCCCAAAAUAAUGGGAAAAGUUGGAACAGAUAUUCAAGAUGGAAAAUGCACGUGGCUCUCUGCAACGUUCAUUCAGCUUGCCAAUGAUGCUCAAAAAGCAACAAUGAAGGAGAAUUUUGGGAAAAAGGAAGAAGCUUGUAUUGAGCGUGUAAAACAACUCUACGAGGAAGUAACCUUACGUGAAGUUUACCUAAAGUAUGAAGAGGAAACGUACAAAAAUCUACGGGAGAGGAUUCAACAAUCCAAAGGAAUUCCAAUAAAACUCUGCCUUGAUAUGAUGGAUAAGUUCUACAAUAGGAGAUUUUAAGAAUAAAUUUAAGAAUAAUUUUAGGGAACAUGGUAGAUUAGUCCGUUAACAUUUCAUCAUUCGCAAAUACCGAAUAAAGGGAGUUCAAUUCCUGGAUCGAUCAACCGCAGUCUAGCCUAGUAUUUCACACCAAAAUAUGUCAUUCAAACAAAAUUAAAACAGGUUAAAAAAUAAACUAAAAACAAGAAAAAACUAAUAUUAGGGACCUAAAGACGAAAAUCCGUUAAAUCUUAAUUCUUUCAAUUCCUUCCUAUACUUCUCUUAAUCCUUUAAAGACGGUAAGCAA